AUAAUAGGAUGUCAACUUUCUAGGUCUCUGGUAUUUUUAAAACAUGUUUUAAUAUACAAAUUGUCUUGAUGCAGAUAAGUUUAUAGCCUAGACCUUCUUUAAUAGGAAUCCAAUCAUUUAAACCUGCACCCUGAAUCAGUUUAUCUUCCUCACCUUAGGUUCACUAACAGUUGCAUGCAAGUGCUCUAUACUGUGUGUGUGUUUGUGUGUGAGUAGUUGAUGAUAAAUAUACAGUUUACUUGAUGUCAGGUGUAUUUUUCCUGAACCACCUACUCAUGUCCUCUGGUUGUCUAGCUUUUCAAGUCAGAGGGCCUUAUUUGGUGUUAGUUCACUAUGGUGCAUCAGUGUUUCCCCUAUAUGCAUUUAGCAGCAGCACAACGCCGCUGCUAAACCAUGGCCACCACUGCAAAAAAAUAUAUUUAAAUGACUAAAACCAGGAAUAUAGAAACGAUAAUGGAGCAAUAUAUUUUUGAACUAAAAAUUGCCAAAAUAAAAUUGAGACAGUAUCUAAAAUUCCUAAAUGUCAUGACAUAGGUCCCCCUUUGAUUUUGUGUUUGAGUCGUUUAGAUAAAUUAAGAACAAUGCAUAAGCCCUGGCAAAAUGUGUAGAAUUGCAGGAAAUUAGCUUUAAACCUGUAAAAUGUUCAUGGCAAAAUGUGUAGAAUUGCAGUAAACUUGCUUUAGAACAGCUACAGUUUCUCUGUGGCUGAGAGGGCCUCUAAAAUUUGCCAUGCCCACUACCCCCACACGCUAACUUUGCCACCGCUGUUGGAAUAAAAUACUAGGGGAAACACUGCAUAGCAUAUUAAAAUCGAAAAACCAUUACUUUGAUACUUUUUUUUGUAAGCCCAUGUCUAUUUUGAUGGUAAUGUCCUUAUCUGCUUUUCAGCCUAAAACACAGAUUUCUUGCGAAACAGGUCAGUUAUAUCUGUAAGUACCCAUUCCCUUAUCAUAGUGUGGCUGUAUCUUGCACCGGAUGUACCGUUUUAGUAGUAACUAGUUAUUGAAUCUGAAAUAAUUUUCCAAGAUUUGUAUGUAUUGUAGAGUUAUUCUAAAGUACUUGCUCAAGAUUUGUUACACCAUUUGGUUGCAUACAAAUGUAAUGAAUGUUGAAUGCUGUGGUGUGCCAUUGUUGCCUCUUUCUGUCUGGUGGUGAAGGGGGCUGUUCGGUGGAAACUGGACACAUUUUUAUCCCACUCAUUUGGUGUUUGGCUGCUGCUCAUGACAUGUACUCUGUUGGUGUUCUGUGAUAUGGAAUUCCUGGAGAAAACGCAGGGUGACUCUAUAGAGUUCUACUGUAUCGCUGAGUUCAAUGCCUCCAAGCCCAUUGGGUUCUACCUGAAACGCAAGUGGCUGCAGCCCAACAGAGAGGUCCUGUUCAUGUUUACUGAACAAAACCCUGUGUUUCACCCUGACGUCAAAGAGCGUAUCCAUGCCACGGGAGACCCGAGUACUCACCGGGUCAACGUGACCCUCAGCCAGCUGAAGGGAACAGACACAGACAUCUACUACUGUGAGUUUGUCUUCCCCGAUGCCUCCAGCUUAGAUCAAAAGAUUCCAAGCAAGAUGGAGUUAUUUCUGUACGUCGUCGAUGCUGAUGCCCCAGACAGCAAGAUGGAUGUAGGCCUAAUAGAGACGUGCGCCGGGGGGUCAGCUGUCCUCCCCUGCCUCGCCCCCUACGGUUCCCCCUCGGCCAUGGAAGGGGUAUGCCUGAAAAGGCGGUGGGGCCGGGCUCCAGUGGAGGUGCUGUUCCACUCAAAGCGCCCCUUUUCCUCCGCAUCGUUCCCCCUAGAAGAGAGGCUUCACCUGGGCACGGGGCUGGGCGGCCUGGCCUACAACCUCACCCUGCUAAAGAUGCAGCCGGAUGAGAGUGCCUUUUACAGCUGUGAGCUGCUGCUCCCCGGCAGGCCCGACAACAGUGCCAGGCUAGGGAGACACGUGUACUUUGUGUCUGUGCAAGAUGUUACUUGUAGCUGUGCAGGUUAUGCUCCACUGCUCUAUGCCCUUUCUGCUGCUGUGGGGCUGCUACUCAUCUUCCUUAUGGCCCUGGGAGUGGCUCAUUAUGGUAAGACCCGAGGCGACCGUGUCAAACCGCAGCCCCACCAGGUCUCCAUCUACGAGGAGAUGGUCGGGGUGCGGCCCCCCAACCGGAAUGGAAAAGUGUCCCCCUCUUACCACCCGAGGCCCCCCUUUCAUCUGGAGGAAAAGGAUGCUUCCGCCUAUGACACCCCCCCUCUGAGGUCUCGACAGGAAAACCACUAUGAGAGGCCUGAAGGGGUACCGCUAGUAUCUGAAACUGUUGGGGAGAUGUGAGGAACGAGGUCGGCCCAAUCUCGCCAACACUGUGUUUAACUAUUCAUUUAUAAACUGGAGUCUGAACUAUAACUACAACUUACUCACAUAACUUUCAAUUUGGACAACCAACAUCCACCUUAGCCCACCUAACUUAGUUUGUUGUACUGUAAAUGCUGGCAGCUGAAUGUUGUAGCUUUGCUUUUUUUAAAGGAAUGGUAUUCCAUUUUUUUUUUUUAUAUAUAUAUAAACAAGAAA